GCAAGUAUGGCAGCAGAUGGGAACGCGCCAAAGCCACCUUAAGAGACAUGUGGUCAUCUAAAAACCCCAGCAAACCCAUCCCCGAGUACUUGGAGCUUCAAAMCGUGGAGCAGCCGGAGGCAGCUGCGCGGGAAACCGUAGAGUGGGCAAAGCAGGAGCUAGAGCUGCGCUACACCCACCUUGAUGCUGACGGUGUAAAACUUACAGAGCGCGGAAACAAAGUCCUAAUAAGCGUUAGAGACCUGAGGUAUCCCGACAAGGACCGCUGGACAAAACCACAGCUCCUUUUCGACGAAAAUGGCUCGGUUAAGGUUAACGUGGCAAGAUUAAGGGSCUUCCAAGUGGCUACCCGGAGUGCAUUAGAAAGGUUGGAAAAUUUGAAUGAAAGGGUCGCGCUAGAAAAACGCGCCAUCGAACUGCAAAAAACGUUAAAAGAAAGAGACGCAGAGUACGCAAAGCAAGGUCAACUACUCGCUGAUGCUGAAAAGAAGUCCGCCUAUCAAGAUGAAAGAAUAAAAGAAAUAAAAAACCAGUUGGAUAAAACCCUGCGCGAAAGAGACAAAGCACAAAGGGACCUAGAAAAAGCUCAAAGCUCUGGCACCUCAAYGGAAGCGCUGCGGGAAACGCUGGAAGAAAGGGAGGAAGAAUACAUGAAGCAAAACCAACGGCUCGCCGACGCACAUAGGAGGGAAGUCGAAUUCAAAAAUCAAGAAAUAAGUGAGCUGGUAGACCAAAGAACCCGAAUUCGACGUGAAAGAAAUCARACUCAAAAGGCCCUUAACCUUGCCCUGCAAGAGUUAGAUUUAAGAAGUGAGGACGCUAAGGACUUACAAACCACCAUAACCGGCUCUUUAGUGGAAAGGCGACGGUUAAUGGCUGAAAUUAACGCCAUGGAGGAACAAAUCCGGCAAAGAGAUCAGGCCAUCGAAGACCUGGAGGGGCAAAUAGAGCGGCAGCAAGAAGUAAUCGAGGAYCAAACUAGUACCGAGGAAGAAAGGSWAGCAGCUCAAAAGGAAGUAGAUACGCUCGAAAUACGUCUUGCAGAAUUACAGGCGCAAAAAGAAGGUUUGGAAAGAGAAUUAGGGCUUACCACCAAGGAAAAGGUAAAAAGAGCCCUUUUGAAGUAUGGCGUUCCGCUGGCAUUUGCGGUUGCUAUUUCGAGCRUAGUAGGCGUGAUCCUUAGCACACUUAAGGCUACAGGCGCGGGCGUAAAGAAAUUAGGCGGUGGACUAACGGACUUGGGAAAAAAGAUGGCAGCCGGUCUUCCUGGGCUGCUGGGUUCGGUUGUUUCCUUGGCACUUAGAACCGGCGGCGAACUGUUGAAGUUCGUGGGUAACAACAUUUGGAUUUUGGUUGUCGCUAUUGGAGUGGUACUCUUGAAGAAGAUGAAG